GUAUUGAAGUUGACGGACCCUGAAGGUCAUAAUAGUGUGUAAGGUAGUGAAGAUAAAUGUUAAUGCACCCCGAGUUUUAUAAAUGAACGUGUAAGUGAGUAUAAUCAAGUUAAAUUUGGGUGGCACCCUGAGGGCUAUAGUGUAGUGUGUUAGGGAGUGUAGUGUAUUUGAUUUGCGACGCACACUUUUGUUUGUUUGGCUUGGAUUUGGCAACCAUCAUGUGACUUGACUCAGUGGACAGAAAGAUGGCGGAUCCUGCACAGGCUGAAACAGAGCAGGAUAUUGAGAUUAAGAUUCAGGAAACGAGGGAAAGGUUUAAGAACGAGUAUUUGCAAGAUUCUGGUGAUAAAUACGACAGUCGGGAUGUGGACAGAUUAUUAAAGGAGGAUGCACUGGUGGACAGCUACCUGUUAUGGAGGCACUGGGUGGUGGAGGAUACGCUUAAAAUGAUCGAUGAUAGCUUCCAGUGGAGGAAAGAGUACACUGUGAACGAUCUGACUGAGAGCAGUAUUCCACGCUGGAUGUUUGAAACCGGAGCAGUUUUUCUUCAUGGCUAUGAUAAAGAAGGAAACAAACUCUUGUGGUUCAAAGUCAAGCUUCAUGUGAAAGAUGCUAAGACCAUUGUGGAUAAGAAGCGCUAUGUAGCGUUAUGGUUGGAGCGCUAUGCCAAAAGGGAACCUGGGAUGCCCCUGACGGUCGUAUUCGACAUGACUGAAUCUGGCCUCUCCAACAUUGAUAUGGACUUUGUGAGGUACAUCAUCACCUGCUUCAAAGUGUACUAUCCUAAAUUCCUUUCUAAAAUGAUUUUGUACGAGAUGCCGUGGAUCAUGAACGCUGCAUGGAAAAUUAUAAAGUCAUGGCUGGGACCAGAGGCGAUCAGCAAAUUGAAAUUCUCCUCUAAAAGUGAAAUUCAGACCUACAUCAACCCUGAACAUCUUCCUCCACACAUGGGAGGAACGGACCAGUUUAAGUACAGCUACCCUCCACUUCCUGAUGAUGACUUCCAGUCCCCCAUUAGCGAGAACGGACCCAUCGUUAGUGAGGACGAGAGCGAAACCAAGGACACAGAGUCGGAGUGUAAGGACAGUCUGGAGCUCAGUUUCAACUCGGAAUUAUCCUUAAAGAACAAAAAGGUGAACUUUACAGAGGAAUCAGACAGAAUCGAUGGUUCAAGUCGGCUUCGAAGAGUCAAAAAACCUUUGGCCACGUUUAAAGGAACAUUGCUGCACAUCAGUCCAGCUGAAGAACUGAGUUUUGGUUCCAGAGAAACAGAGAAUAAAUGUCUGAUCAUCCUGAACAACGUCACCAAGAAUCAGGUGGCAUUUAAGGUACGAACUACAGCACCAGAAAAAUAUAGAGUGAAACCGAGCAGCAGCAGCUGUGAACCUGGAGCCAAUGUGGAUAUUAUAGUUACACUACAUGGUGGUUACCAGGCAUCUCCUCAGGACAGGUUCCUGAUCAUGGCUGCAGAAAUGGAGUCCGUUGUUGGGUCUUCUGAUCUGGCUCAGUUCUGGAAGGAAGUACCAAAAGCAAAAGUCAUGGAACAUAGGUUGAGGUGUCACAUUCUGGAGGCUCCUAAAUCUAUUCUGAGAAAUUCUACUGAAAAUGUGAGCAUCACACCAACCAACAACCCUCAGGAUCUACAAACGGUGCUAACACGGUUGACCAUGACUAAUUAUGAGCUGGAGAAGAAGUUGGACAUGUGCUUGUGGAUGCAGAAGGUUCUUCUCUUCAUGCUUUCAGUUCUCACUGCCUUCACCUUCUCAAUGUUCUACCUCCUGUGGACCUAAUUGACCGGUACACUGUAAUCCUGCCAAUCCGCUCUCACCAUGUCUGUGACAUCAUCCCAGCACUAUGCAUGCUGGGUGGGUAACAGCAGGUUUUUUUGCCUAAAGAGAGUAGAUAACUUACUGUAUGAACAAAAGACUUUCGGGAUGAAUAAAUAAUACUGAUGUAUUUUUUAUAAUUAAUAUACAGUGUAAUUUAUAAACUAGCAGCUUGUACAGAAAUUUACAUGCAAUUUUUACUGAAAACAAUUUAUAUCAAAUAUUCAUAAUAAUUAUUAAUAAAUUUUUCUU